GAUAUAAUUUCAGUUAAGGCUAGUGCACCUAUGGCUAGCCUACCAAAGUUAAAGAAAUUGACGUUGGGGGAGUUGCCAGCGUUGACAAGUAUUUACCGAGGGAAAUUGGUUUGUGAUUCCCUUUGUGAAAUCCGAAUAAACGAUUGUCCCAAACUGAAGAACCUCCCAUUUCUGAUGAACAACGAGGUGCCUGUUGGCAUGAGCAUUUUUGUGAGUGAAGAAUGGUGGAAAACGGUGGAAUGGGCAGAUCCACAGUUGAAAGAACUUGUUCAACCUUCCUUUGGCUGUCAUGGAUAUUCCUUUUCCCGAUUGGAUCUUCAAAAAUUGGCUAUUAAUUCGUAUGACGGAAAGCUUGGAAAUAAUGAUCGUUGAUGUUUUUGUUUUAAUUUAUGUUAUUAAUAUUACUGGAU